AUGGACCAGAUAAAGACAGGGCAAGGCACACAGAGGAGACUGGGGGCCUGCUGCUGGAAGGUAACCGCUGCUGCUGCUGUGGUGGGCAGUGCAACAGCCCUCUGCCUGGGGAUCCUGCUGGCCUGCCAUUCCACAGGAGAGGCCAGCUUUGAGCACACAGUGGAGCUGAAAGGAAUCACAUUCAACAGCAGCUUACAGAUGGAGAACUCAGACUACUAUAGGGUGCUGACACCUGCUCUUGAAAGACUGUUUCUGUCCAGUCUCCAGGACUCCCAGCUGAACUGGAGUUGCACUGGUUGCACUAUCCUGGGCUACAGUAGGAAUGGAAAUUCCGGUGUGAUCGUCCAUUUCCGCCUGCUCUUCACUCCCCAGGAUUCCCAACCCCUGAGCUCCAUCUUGGAAGAGGAAGCUCUGAGGGAUGGGCUGGCAGCUGCCCUGCACAAGCAGGCUUUCUCCCUGGCUGCCUAUGGGACCAUCUCCUCAGCUUCUCUCACAGGUGCCAACAAGGUUUCUUCCCACAGACCUGGACUGAAAUCAGACUGUGGGAGUCGCCCUGCCAUGCAGACUGCCAGCAGGAUAGUCGGAGGCUCAGAGGCGUCCAGAGGGGAGUUCCCGUGGCAAGUCAGCCUACGAGAGAACAAUGAGCACUUCUGCGGGGCUGCAAUCCUCACAGAGAAGUGGCUGGUGUCUGCUGCUCACUGCUUUACUGAGUUUCAGGACCCAGCCAUGUGGGCAGCUUACACUGGGACUACAUCCCUCAGAGGCUCUGACAGCAGUGCAGUGAAAAUGGACAUUUCACAGAUCAUCCCACACCCCUCUUACAAUGCUGACACAGCUGACUAUGAUGUGGCUGUGCUGGAGCUGAAGAGACCUGUGACUUUCACUAAGUACAUCCAGCCCGUGUGCCUGCCAGAUGCUGGCCAUCACUUCCCCACCAGCAAGAAGUGCCUUAUUUCUGGCUGGGGCUACCUCAAGGAGGAUUUCUUAGUGAAACCUGACUUCCUGCAGAAAGCAACAGUGGAGCUUCUAGACCAGAACCUAUGUUCCAGUCUCUACAGCCAUGUCCUCACAGACAGGAUGAUGUGUGCUGGCUACCUGGAGGGGAAAGUUGACUCCUGCCAGGGCGACUCUGGUGGGCCCCUGGUUUGCCAAGAACCAUCUGGCAGAUUUUUCCUGGCGGGAAUUGUGAGUUGGGGUAUUGGAUGUGCUGAGGCCAGGCGCCCUGGGGUUUACACACGUGUUACCAAACUCAGAGACUGGAUCUUGGAUGCUAUUUCUGCCUUCCCUACCUCCAUAGCCCAUACUGUUCCUCCAGUACACUUCAGGACUAACAGUAACAUGGUCAGUGCUGAAGAGGUCAACAACACCACUGGAGCAACACCUACCACCUCACCAGCCCCAGCUGCCAGCAGGCCAGUGACUGCAGCAAGAUCACAAGAGUGUGGAGGACAACCUGGGUUCUCUACACCCAGCAAGAUUGUGGGAGGAACAGAUGCUUCCAAAGGAGAGAUCCCUUGGCAAGUCAGCCUGAAAGAAGACUCAAGACAUUUCUGCGGAGCCACCAUCAUUGGGGACCGCUGGCUGCUGUCAGCAGCUCACUGCUUCAAUGAGACAAUGCCAGAAGAGAUCGAAGCCUAUGUGGGAACAACAUCACUAAAUGGAACAGAUGAGAAUGCAGUGAAAGUCAAUGUAAAAAGAGUGGUCCCACAUCCCCUCUUCAACCCCAUGAUUCUGGACUUCGAUGUGGCUGUACUUGAACUGGCAAGACCUCUUGUCUUCAACAAAUACAUACAGCCCGUGUGCCUCCCACUUGCUGUGCAGAAGUUUCCUGUUGGCAAGAAAUGUCUCAUUUCUGGAUGGGGUGACCUGCAGGAAGGGAACGACACCAAGCCCGAGAUCCUGCAGAAAGCCUCUGUGGGCAUCAUAGAACAGAACACCUGCAACUUCCUCUACAACUUCUCCCUUACUGACCGAAUGAUCUGUGCUGGCUUCAUGGAGGGGAUGGUAGACUCAUGUCAGGGAGAUUCAGGUGGGCCCUUGGCCUGUGAGGUGACUCCAGGAGUGUUUUACCUUGCUGGCAUCGUGAGCUGGGGAUUUGGUUGUGCCCAGGCUAUGAGACCUGGUGUGUAUUCCAGAAUUACCAAAUUCACAGACUGGAUCCUGGACACCAUCUCCCAGUUGCCCAGUGAUGGCACAAGCACACCUUCCAGUUCAGCCAUCCCUAGAACUUCUGCCAUGGCCAUUUUUAUCCAGCCCAGCACAAUGGCUGAAAGUCCAACCAGCAGAACCACCCUGGAGACAAAGAUGAACAGAACCAUGAAUGAAACUUCCACAGCUCUGAGAACGACCGAGACUGUGAAGCCUACCCAAACCCCAGUGGUGCCUUGUACCAGCCUCACUUUCAAGUGUUCCAGCAAGGUGUGUAUUGGAAAAGAAAAUCCUGAAUGUGAUGGUGUUGUGGACUGCAGCAAUGGUUUCGAUGAGCGCAACUGUGACUGUGGCCUAACAACUGCUCUGGCGUUCAGCAAGAUUGUGGGUGGUAGCAGUGCAGCCCAAGGAGAAUGGCCCUGGCAAGUCAGUCUGUGGCUUCGGCGGAAGGAGCACAAGUGUGGGGCUGUUCUCAUUGCUGACCGGUGGCUGCUCUCUGCAGCUCACUGCUUUGACAUUUACAGUGACCCCAAAAUGUGGGUGGCCUUUCUAGGAACACCCUUCCUGAGUGGCAUCAAUGGCAAAAUGGAGAAAAUAUUCCGUAUCUACAAACACCCUUUUUACAACGUCUACAGCCUGGACUAUGAUGUGGCACUACUGGAACUGAGCACACCUGUCAAGUUCAGCAGCUCCAUCAGACCAAUAUGUCUCCCAGACAAUUCUCACAUCUUCCAUGAAGGAGCCAGAUGCUUCAUCACAGGCUGGGGCUCCACAAAGGAAGGAGGUCUCAUGUCAAAGCAUCUGCAAAAAGCGGCAGUCAACAUGAUUGGAGACCAGGCUUGCAAAAAGUUUUACCCUGUCCAGAUCAGCAGCAGGAUGCUGUGUGCUGGUUUCCCACAGGGCGCCGUCGACAGCUGUUCAGGUGAUGCAGGUGGGCCCCUGGCAUGUAAAGAACCUUCAGGGAAGUGGUUUCUAGCAGGAAUCACAAGCUGGGGCUAUGGCUGUGCCAGGCCAUACUUUCCUGGCGUCUACACCAAAGUCACAGCUGUCCAGGGCUGGAUUGUACAGAACCUGAAGCUCUGAAACUACAUUUCACCACUCAGGGAAGGCGAUGAAUGAGAGGAAUAACUGCCAGAGGAUGCACUAACCCCUCAGCUACUGUGCAUGUACUGUACUGUCCUGAUGUUGCAAAGGGGUGAAGAUGGCCUUGCAGGUACUAAGCAAAUGCCAGUGGUGUGUGACCUGCUGGUUGUUACACCAAGGCAUUUGAUAACUGCUUUGCAUAGAAAGGUACAAAAUUCUAUAGAUAUUUUCUAUAAAUAAAUGAAGCCUGUCCCAUCUGGCCAAACAUACUGUGCAUUAAAACAUGACCUUUGUAGUUGGAUGGGUGUCAGAAACAUCUGCCAAAGAUUCAUGGAGUUUGGCUGACCUCUGCCUAUGAACUGUCAUUCAAAGCCAAGCCAACAGACUCAUGACCUUUGCCCCAGCCCAAAGUUAUGCCCUUGCAGAAGCUUCAGACCACACUAACUUGAUGGAGCUGUUGUGCUGUGCAGUGGCUUUUGGGAAAGGUGUGAUGCUGUUUUGAAUUAGUGCAUGGUACUAGAGAGUUCAGUGAUGACUUCCUGGCUCACCAUUUGAUCCCAAGAGAAUGCCAGACUGGAGCACUUGGGAGUUCAGACUGCACAGGCCCUCACCCGUACUAGAGUACUAGGAGGGGCUUCUCACACACCCCUUUGCAGCUCCUUUUGCAUUAGGUAACAGGUAAUUAAACUAGAAAGAUUAAGGCAUGACCACACAAACCACUGUCUGGGUAAGCUAGUGGAAAAAAUUUAAAUUGCUAAGAUAGUGGUGAAAAGUAUUCUUGUCAGGUCCCACCAGCCAGCAUAAGACACAUAGACAACUGUUCACAAGCAAAGAACUGCAGCAAAGCUCGUGUGCUGAGACUUUGGCAGAGCAGACUUAGACACAUCCCCACUGAUUCAGCCACCAAAACUGAACUAUAUAUAUCAUAUCUCUUCAUACCCCUAACCUCUUCCUCCUUUUUGGUGCAUUAAGCUCUGCAUCUGGGCAUUGCAAGAGGUUUCUUCCAUCCCAACCCAGCUGGCAGCAAGAUCCACAACUUUUGCAGACAGAGCACCAGCUAGGUGGAAGACCUGGCUUCCAGGCAUGGCUCAGUUUCAGAUGGGCUGAGAU